AUGCUUACUCUUUAUCAUCUUCCUUACGCUGAAGGAUACGGUGCCAACGCGCGCAAGAUUGCAAUUCUCCUCAAUGAGCUUGAGCUUAAUUGGAAGGGCGAAGCUGUUCCAAGGGACACUGUUCGUACUUCGCCUGAGUACGUACUUCUCCAUCCCGACCGUAAAGUUCCUGUUCUGAAGGACGGUGAAACCAUUGUGAUCGAGUCUGCCGCAAUUCUGCAGUAUUUGGCUGAGGUUUACGGCUCAGGCAAAUACCUCGAGUCGAAAUACGACACUCUGGCGUGGGUUUCCUUGCAGAAUGGCUUGUCAUCGGCGGUUGCCUCGCUGUUCCAUGCUGAAGACGAGUCGCAAAAGACAAAGGCAAUCAAUAACGCUAGACACUACUUGGGACUUUUGGAUGACAAGCUAGCAUCCCCCAAGAGCGGAUACAUACUCGACUCGGGAUACUCAAUUGCAGAUAUUGCAUGGAUUGCGUUUGUUGACGAAAGACGCAAGGAGAGACUUCGCCUUGAAAGCUGGGAGCAAUUCCCGAAUAUUGCCAAAUGGCAGAAAAAGGUCCUUACACGUCCUGCUGUCGCUAAGGCAUACGAGGAGUAA